CAGCCAUUCGGCUCGUCCCCCCUCUACCGCCCACCCGGAGCUGCCUGAGCCGAGCUGAGAGCCGUAGUGUGUGCGUGGAGGUGCCCGCAGCGCCGCUGUCACCAUGGGAUGUACACUGAGCGCGGAGGACAAGGCGGCGGUGGAGCGGAGUAAGAUGAUCGACAGGAACCUGAGAGAGGAUGGAGAGAAGGCUGCCCGGGAGGUGAAGCUCUUAUUGCUCGGAGCUGGCGAGUCAGGGAAAAGCACAAUUGUCAAACAAAUGAAAAUUAUUCAUGAAGCUGGCUAUUCAGAAGAAGAAUGUAAACAGUACAAAGCUGUGGUAUACAGCAACACCAUACAGUCCAUUAUUGCCAUUAUUCGAGCUAUGGGCAGAUUGAAGAUAGACUUUGGCGAUCCAGCCAGAGCCGAUGAUGCUCGUCAACUUUUUGUACUGGCUGGAGCGGCAGAAGAAGGCUUUAUGACUGCCGAGCUGGCUGGAGUCAUCAAACGCUUGUGGAAAGAUGGUGGGGUACAGGCCUGCUUCAACAGAUCAAGGGAAUACCAGUUGAAUGAUUCUGCAGCAUAUUACCUCAAUGAUUUGGACAGAAUAGCUCAGAACAGUUACAUACCCACUCAGCAGGAUGUUCUCAGAACUAGAGUAAAAACUACCGGUAUAGUGGAAACGCAUUUUACAUUCAAAGACCUUCAUUUCAAAAUGUUUGAUGUUGGCGGUCAAAGAUCUGAAAGAAAAAAGUGGAUUCAUUGCUUUGAGGGAGUUACAGCAAUCAUUUUUUGUGUGGCCCUGAGUGAUUACGACUUGGUUCUAGCCGAAGAUGAAGAGAUGAACCGAAUGCAUGAAAGCAUGAAGUUAUUUGACAGCAUCUGCAAUAAUAAGUGGUUUACAGACACCUCCAUUAUUCUUUUCUUAAAUAAGAAGGAUCUGUUCGAGGAGAAAAUCAAGAGGAGUCCUUUGACAAUCUGCUAUCCUGAAUAUGCUGGUUCAAACACUUAUGAAGAAGCAGCUGCAUAUAUUCAGUGUCAGUUUGAGGACCUUAACAAAAGAAAGGACACAAAGGAAAUUUAUACCCACUUUACAUGCGCAACAGAUACCAAGAACGUGCAGUUUGUAUUUGAUGCAGUAACUGAUGUCAUCAUAAAAAAUAAUCUCAAAGACUGUGGCCUUUUCUAAAAUAUGUAAUUAUAUGACUGCAUUUGACUUCACCCUGUUAUAGCUUGAUGGCUUUUGGAGUGGUUUAAGACUCUUAAUGAACAGCGGACCAGUACUGUACUUGCCAGUUUUAUUAGCUUUAUUUAUGUUCAUGUCUUGUAAAUUUUCCAAAACAAAAAAAGUAACUGCUACUAGGCCACACAAUGGAGAAGGUAUCUUGAUUGUAUGUAUACUGUAAUUGUAGGAAUGUUAUUUGUACAGACAUUGAACAGAAUAUUUUAAUAAUUUGAUUUGUUCUAAAAAGAAUCCUCCGUUUUAUGAAAUGCUGUUUGGAGGACAUAACUUUUUGUUUUUGUUUUUUCUUUCCUCGCCUGGUUAGGUUAUUUAAAGAAAUAAUGUAUAUUUUAUUUUCCCCUUUUAAGCAUGCAUGCUGCCUUAUUCUGUGUUCUGCAAUGUUUCCUUGCAAGCCUGUAAGAUAGAUAUAUAUAAUAAACCUUAAUAAAAUCUGAACACCUUAGAGUUGCACAACCCCCGGGCAUGUAACACAGAAUCAUCCUGAGCCUUCACUGUGCAUUUUUAUUAUCUAAUGGUUAUCUUGUGCAUUGCCUUUACAGGUGGUGCCAAAAUUGCAUUUUUUAUACAUUUUAAAAUCAACAAAUCUUUUAUUUGUAAAUAGAUUUUUUCCAGGUGUUCGUCUAGAACAUGUUUUUUGUGGGCUAUUGAAAAGCAAACAAAAAAAACAUUUUGAGAUUGAUGACUUUAUUCUUGUUGGAACAAUCCUGUUCUUGGCAUGCUGACCAUGGCAGUACUUUGUAUAGAUGAGUCAGUCUGGCAUUAAUUUAAUUCCACAUAUGUACCACAUUUUAGUCCACCUGAGCCUUUCCAUUGAACUGUGCAGCCAGAUGAUGUUCCAUGAUAUUCCAUUUUAAUGUGUGACUUUGUGAUGCUGUCUUUGUAAAUUGCUUCACUGUCACUUUGUCUUAAAAUUCUAUCAUUCCUUUGCUGUUGUAAAUUUCAAGGGUGGUACGGUGUUGUAGGCCCCCCUUGAAAUAAAAAAAAGUUCCUUUUUUUUUUUUUUUUAUUGGGUUUUAAAAUAAACCUAAAAUUUUCAGACAUUCUGAUUUACUUGUAGGAACUAACCUGCAUAAAGACAGUUUUUCACACUUUUACCUCACUGUGAGUUGACUGCUGGCUUCACUCUUAGACGAUCUCAUGAAAAUUUGUUGCUUCAUAUUUACCUGAAAUUCACCAGUAACUUUUGUGUUGUCCAGAACAUGUAUAAAUUAAUUGUACUUGUUGUUACCUUCUUCAUUAAAGUUUUUGUACUUCACUAUAUGGAAUGAA